AUGUCUCUUCCAAUGAAAAAUCUCGGAAAAUCCAAAAAUCGCUCUGAAUCCAACUAUUAUGAAAAUGAGUCACCGAAAUGGAUACCUCAGGCAACUGAUAGGGAACGCUUUGCUUCUUCGUCCUCUGAUGGUCCAUCAACUUCCAACAGCUAUCUCUCCACAUCACAACUCGUCGCACCGGUUCUUCAGGCAAAAUUCCCAAAGCCUGGGAGUCGGAGAGAGCCUACCUACUAUACACACCAUGACACCGAUGACGAUGAUGAUCUACCGUAUGACUAUGGUGAAGGCCCAUCGACGUCUUCUAGCCAUCCUCUGGCCGGUGCCACGUCAUCAUUCCAUCUAAAAACAUCAAGAUGGGCAAUGGUUAGAGAGAAAAGCCCGCAAAUCAUUUCAAAGGAGGCCAAACUCCAGGACAAGAGGAGACAGUUGGAUUCGAAUAAAGGAAGAGUUCGAUUGAAAUUUGAAAAAAGUGCAAAAAAGAGAAAUGAAGAAAUUGCACAAAAUAAUUCGUUUAGCGAUGUUGUAAAAACGGCAAUGAAUUCUGAUAAGUUAUCAGUAUCUUACAAUACAACUAUACAACGCGUUGUAUACAAAAUGGUGUGCCAAAAAAUGCUCCGCACAUGGAUUUCCGCGAUGGAACAUGACGAACGAGAAUCUGAGCCGGAACGUGAUCGAACUACAACGAAUGCAGAGCCCACAACAGAGAAUGGGGAUAUUCUUCCGGCACCGCCGGUUUUUGUACCCAGAUUGAGUGGAUGGACACAGACAAAAGAGUAUUUGAAGGAUAAGUGGCUUCAACUCCGCUACUUUUAUGUCACCGAAAACUCGACAUUCUUCUACUACUGGUCAGCACUAAUCACAAUUGGAAUCAUUUAUAACAUGUGUGCAAUGGUCAUCUUCAUUUUCGACGAUAUUCAUCUAGGAUAUUUCAAACAAUGGCUCUACAUCAACAUGUUCUUUGAUGUCUGCUACAUUUUGGAUUGUUUAAUUGGCUCGAGACUUGUCUAUCGCCUCUACGAAUUCAUCAUUUUAACCCAACGUCGUACGGAUUGGCCCCACUUCAUGAAAAUCCUAUUUUUAACCACUGCAUGUGGAAUUCUGUUCCAUUGGAAUGCAUGUGUGUACUUUUUGUUCUCCCUAUUUGAAGGGCUCACUGAGGAUGACACCAAUGCUUUUGGAUUCUCAUACUACAAAGUUUUCGAUCCAAGAUUCCCGAGUUGUGAUGCAUUGUACGACGAAUCAUGUUGGUAUCCGGAGGACGAAGAGGUUUUGGAUAUACGGGACGAACGACCAAAGUAUAUGCACCAGAUGUAUCAGUUUUGGAAGGAUAAGUAUGACAUCUUCUCAAUGGGAAACUUCUCUCGUGAGUACAGUAUGACACUCUAUUGGUCAUCCUUGACCAUCACAAAAUGCGGACAACAGCCAUGGCCAUCGUCAAGCUAUCAGAAUGCUCUUGAAAUUUUUGAUACACUUAUUGGAGUGUUAGUGUUCGCUACGAUUAUUGGAGGAGUCGGUAGUGUCGUCACCCAGAUGAGUCAAAAUGUGAACACAUUUCGAGAAAUGAUGGAUGGUAUCAAGUUCUAUAUGAAUUACAGAGGUGUCCAAUGGCAAAUUCAAGAACGUGUGCUGAACUGUUUCCUCUAUUUGAACAGCCACAAUCAAUUAUAUGAAGAGGAUGAAAUCCUCUCCUCACUUCCACCUCGAAUUCAAGCCAAAAUCGCCAGCGACCUCCACUCAGAAACCCUAUCUCAUGUGUUACUUUUUUCGAAAUGUGAACAACGGAUGAUUGAUGAACUCGUUCUUCUUGUCAAACAACAAGUCUUCUCUCCAAAUGAUUAUCUUUGUCGAAAAGGGGAAUUAGCACAAGAGAUGUUUAUAGUGAAAAAAGGCAAACUAGCAAUUAUUGACGAUGAAACUGGCAUUGAAUUGGAUGUAUUGGAGGAGGGAUGCACAUUUGGAGAGCUUUCGGUUAUUCAUGUUCCCGGGAAUACGCUUGGAGAUCGGAGAAGUGUAUCAUUGAGAGCUAUUGGCUACUCGGAUGUGUUUGUUUUACACAAAGAUGAUGUUUCUAAACUGCUGAAUGAAUAUCCGGAGGAGAGAGUUCGCUUGUUGGAAAAUGCUCGCCGUAUGCUCCACUCCAAAGGGCUGCUGGAAACCAACGAGUUGGGAGAGAUGAAAUGUGAUGAUCCCGAAGAUAUGGAUGAUGAGGCUUUGGUAGAUUUCAUGUCCGUUGAUGAGCAAUUGGAUCGGCUGGAAAGAAUAGUAGAUGGGUUGAAUAAGGAUUUAAAUAAUCGUAUCAUUUCGUUUUCGCACUUUGCCGGUCAUAUGAAACAACGUGUGACGUCACUGGAGGACACAUUCAAUCUGAAUAAAACCAGAAUUCGUUCGGACCUUUUCGAGGGGAUUCUGAAGACGGAUUACCAUGAUCGACAGCUUCUUACUUGA